AUUACAUUUAUUUAAAAUUAACAAAGAAUUUUCUUUGUUUCUUUUAAUUUUAGUACUAAUUUUUUUUCGUCGUCAACGAUGGUCGUGAAACUAUACUGUGGUGACUGCGCGUCCCUGAGCGUUGCAGGCAGCAAGCGCUCGGCUUUGUCGGCUUCCGACGCCGAGUGUUUUUCGCUGUGCCUGGGCGCCGGGCCUCUGUGGUGGUCCGAUGUCCCUGCUCAUGGCUCGGCACCGCCCGGAGGGGUGAGCAGCGGGGCUUCGAGCCCCGCGACCCCAUCCACCCCCACUCACGACGACAACAACCGUGACUUGUUGAGCGCCUUGCUAUGGGCGAGCGCGAGCUCGUUGGCGGGCAGCGCGGAGAGCCUGGCCGAGCCCGGCUCGCCGCCGCACAACCAUCCCGCGCUGCAGCCGGAGCGACGUGAAGCGGUUAUAAGCAAGAUACUGGAGCGUAAAGAUCGUCAGCCAGUGAAGAUUGAGUUCAAGAUUUUCCUCACUGAGAACACUGUCACUCGCUGGGAAGCCGUGGUGCAAGGCAACACCAUCUACUUGCGUAUGCCGACAGUACUGCAGUCCGGUAGUAAGGAGAGCUUCAUGCUACUCCUGGACUUCGCAGAGGAACGACUUGGUUGUAAUAACUGCAUCAUCUGCGUACUGAAGUCUCGGCCUGACAGAGCGACAGUCCUCCGCACGUUCAUGUUUAUGGGCUUCCAGCUGCUUCCCCCCACCUCGCCCCUCAUGCCGCAAGAGAUCAACAACCCCGACUAUGUCUUCCUGCACUACAACAUGCAAUAGACUCCCUCACUCAACGCUCUAGCACCGCUUCCCUUUACAAGUACAUUAACACUUCUUGGUCAUAGAGUAGUUUGCGGCAGUUUGAUCUUUGACAAGUGACAGCAAGUAUUAUAUACCAUAGAGUAGUUAUGUUCAAUUUAAUUGAUGUUUGACAACCUUUUGAUCAAAUGUUUGGCACAUAUAUUAAAUGUUAUGUUCUAUUCGUAACACCAUAUAAGAUCAACAAUGAGAUUUUAAAGAAAUAUUUGAAUCAAAUGUUUGACAGACUAGUUGGAUUCAUAUCCUAAUGGUAUUACACUUUAUUCAGUAUUCGAAGAGCUGUCACAUGGCCGUGGGGAAAUUUAAAAGAGCACUUUUAAUUGUAAAGUAUUGCUUCGCGCUUGCUUUAGUGGUUUCGGUAAAGUUUCAACAAGUCUCCUAGCGUUUAGAUGUUUAGUAUGUAUUCCUAUUAUGUAGAUUUAUUGCUUAUAGAUUUCCUUUAAAGGCAUUGAGCUAAAUUAUAGAAAUUUGUCACAGUUAGAUCACCAUUCUCGUAGUAUUUGCUUUAAAUUUAGAAUCGCAAAUGUUCAUCUUUCAUUGUCUUAAAGGAAUCGAAUAGCUUUUUAGUUUUAGUUUUUUUUUUUAUUAUUUCUUUCUACAAAUUCAGCUUUGAAUCGCUUUCGACCUAUGAAUACGUUAAAAUCAAAACUGUUUUGUAGAAAAUUAAUUUUAAUCUUUAUUAAUUAUUAUAUUUAAAGCAUAUAUGUCGUCGUGUAAUAUUCACCCACUCCGGGGUAGAGCCAAAAUAAAAAAAAUUACAAAAAAAAAUUAAAAAAUAAAAAAUCCAAAAAAAAUAGUUUGUUAUAUUUCUAUCUCCACUUUUAUUCUCUGCUUGUGUACGUGCACACGAAUCUUUUGAUAAUAUUGAAUAACUAAUAUCUCAAAACUAAAAUGUCAUAACAACGCUAUGGUUCAUUAACUAAAGAUUGACUUUUAAUUACUUAUCUAA